UCCUCUGUGAGAGGUUGGAACGGGGCAGAGAGAAAAAAGACCUAGUCUGCUUUUAAAAGACCCGAGGAGACUAUAAAAGUGGUUUCAUGCCCGCUGCAGUAAAGGCUCGGCUCGAAAUGUGCACAGACAGACGGAGGUAGGCAGAGCAUAUAGAGAAAGGAGGAUAACACACUUAACAACACCCACCCGCCCACGCACACACAUUCUGUUGAAGGUUUAUUUUCAGAUGUGGGCGCUCUGUCAUAGGUAGAGACAAACGAGAAGCGUGAGUUCAUGGGGCGGCAUUCUUCUUUAGUUCACUUAGGAUUUCAAGACAGACAAAUACACGCCUGUCAGGCAUCGUGUGUGUGUAGUCUACAGAGGUGCAUGUUUGCUACUUUACUGAAUAGGAUGCGCGUAUUCUCUAGCCGACCCGGUGCUGUUUGACACAUCCACCCCCACCCUCCCUAUUUCCCUCCCGCGAGGUCGGAUUCACUACCCGGUCUGUUUUGUAACCGGGGGGAAGUUGGGCUCAUUUAAAACUUUUCUGGCCGUGCUUUUGAUGCCACGGAAAUGGGACCGCGCCAACGGGAGAGCGUGUCCGCGCUUUGCAGAGAAAGUUUGCUUUGGACGGUGCUGAUACUCUGGCUGACCGCGUUCGUUGACGGGACUUGGAAGACCGGACUUUACAAAAGCUACUCAGCCGGGACUCAGCUGAGCAGAGACCAGGCAGCAGCCUCUCACUCCUCAGUCUAUCAGAAAAGGAACUGGUGUCCUCAUACGGUCACUAAGACAGUGACUUGCCAGGUGCAGAAUGGGACAGUCCUCCAGCGGGUCUACCAGACGUGCCGCUGGCCGCAGGGAUGUACAGGAGGCAGCUACAGGACCGUGGUCAGACCUUCCUAUAAAGUGGUGUACCGCACUGUGACCUCUCUGGAGUGGAAAUGCUGUCCAGGAUUCAGCGGUGCUGCCUGUGAAGAAGAAGCAGGGAACCAGCUUGUAGCUCAAGAGGCAGUGAGGAAAGCAUCCAUGCUACGUCGCCCAGCUGCACGCACAGGAGAGACAAUCUCCAAUUGUCUCAACUGCAGUCGAAUCACAGCUUUGAGUGACAGGCUGAGCUCACUGGAAGCGAAGGUCCAAUUACUGAUUGCCCCGGCCUCCGUAUCACAUCGCCACUUUCAGGGUGAAGGAGGAACUGCACCAGAGCCCUCAUUACUGAUGGGGGCUUUACCCGCUCAGGGAGCUCCUGGUGAGCAGGGACCUGCAGGCCCUCAGGGUGAAAAGGGGAGCGAUGGGCUUCCUGGCAGAGAUGGGAAGCCAGGGUCUCGAGGGCUGCCAGGUCCCAGUGGGCCUCGGGGGGAUGCUGGGACAAGGGGCCCAUCUGGAACCCCUGGAUCAAAGGGAUCCCCAGGACCUGCAGGCCCCCGUGGUCCACCAGGACUCCCAGGAGAGAGGGGUCUACCAGGCCCGCCUGGCCCUCCGGGGCCUCCAGCGCCGGCCAGUGCCCGCAUCCCAGAACCAGACCGCAAUCGUGGAAAAGACCCCUUCUUCUCUAACACUUUCCAAGACUCACGAGGGUUACCUGUUCCAGGACCUCAGGGUCCCCCCGGGCCUAUCGGCCCCCCGGGUCCCCCGGGUCCCAAAGGCCCAGUAGGACCUUCUGGCCCGUCAGGACAGAACGGAAAGCCUGGAGCCCCUGGAACACAGGGCCCUGUUGGGCCAAAGGGAGAACGUGGAGAGCGAGGUCCUUUAGGUUACCAAGGAGAGAGGGGCUUCAGAGGCGAGCCGGGAACACCAGGUCCAAAGGGAGAGUCGGGAGAGAAGGGCUUGCCGAGCAAUCUAAAUGGGGACGGAAUACAUCAGAUCAGAGAGGCGCUGAAGAUCUUAGCCGAGAGGGUUUUAAUCCUUGAGACUAUGAUCGGUAUUCAUGAGCCUGAUCUAGGGUCUGGGGACGGACCGUUUGGCACAGCCUCCCCUAGUUUCUACAGAGAUAAGCGAGCAGGUGUGCUUCCAUAUCGACUUGCUUCUCCUCUGUCCUCCGACACCAAGGUUCGAGGGAAGUAGCCCCUCCCUCCCUUCCUCCCACGCACCCCCUCCCCCCUCCGCUCACCCUGAGGAUCACAGGCUGGGUUGACUCCCCCUCCUAUAGGUCUCAUCGGCACUCAACAGAUUUAGACCUUAUCUGAUACCCUCUGUGGGCUUUACUGUCAGAUUUAGGAUGGGGGACUCCUCAGGGAACACUCCACUGAUACUCCACAAUGCCCUCCUCCAUCUGGAUCCCGAGAACUAGUUUGACCCCCACCCAUUUCCAAAGGCAAACACUUAUCUUUACAUUAAAUACCCAGCAGCUCCUUCUGUGUCUCAUUUCUUGGCUGCAGAACAAAAGCCUCAGAAUAAAGAUGUUCACGUUUAAAAAAAAAAAAAUAAUAAAAAAAAGGAAUGUUCAGUGGUAUUCCUCGAGCUACAAACAGUUCUGGACAAUAAGGGUCAUUUAGAAUAAUCAAUUAAAGGAGGAAUCAGAUGCGAGGAAAUAGACUGGAUUGGAGUUUGUAUUGCUUUCACAAUGUCACUGCAAUCUAAAGAGAUUCCACUAUUUAAGUAUAUUGCGCAUGUACAGUUUGCAGGACACAAACAAACCUCUUCUUCUAGUAUUAAUUUUGUUAUACCUCUAUCCUAUUGUUUGACUCCAUGUUAUGUAGUGCACUAAAAAGAUGAAGUCACCUCCACUCUGAGAUAUGUGUUGCUAACAGUGAUUUGUAGUUUUCUGGUGUGUUUUCCCCCUUAAAGUGUCUGAUGACUGAUAUGGUGAUUUAAUAUACAUUUAAUUUGUGCGACAAAAAAAGCACAAACAUUUGUAUUUGGUUGCAUAUUAAAAAAAAACAAAUUAUACAAAAUGUGUACGAAAUGAAUGCAAAACAAAACAUGCUGAAAUGAAAAGGACUGCAAAUUGGCUGUCAUUUGAAGAUCUUUAACACACAGAGGAAAUAGGAAAACUGUUAAUGGAACUUGAACAUAUUUUUUUACCACUGUUGUGUUGGUAAACUUAGACUGCUUAAACUGUCCAGAUGAAAAGACUUGAUAUUUGUUUUUUUCAUCUUAUAUCAAACUUAUUUUGAAACUAUUUAAAAUGAUCAAUUGUAGUUUAUUUUGUAUGCUGUUGUGUAACCAUUUCAUAUCUCUUUUUUCCCCCAUGCAAAUGUGUUAUUGUGUUAAGAUAAUCCUGUCUAGAUGAUUGGUGUAAUAAAAUAAUGUUCAUUGGGUUUUUUUUAAACAUCACCUCUCUUCUUCUUUGUUCCAAUGGUGUUCAUUAAACAUGAUUACAGUGUAAAUAAAUCACAUCCACUCUUUACAAUCCA